GUCGUUUUGUUGACAUUAGUUUGUGAAAGACAAAAACGCUGGACGCACACACGCACGGGAUGGUGUAAUUUUGGAAAGCGACUGACCAAGGGCUGGACAGACUGAUGAAAGCUGUGUCGAGGUUAAAGCCGAGUGUCUAUGUUUGCUUUGAUCGACGUUAACUACAAAGAAGUGAGCAAGUGCAGCAUAUGGACGGAGCAAGACGGGAACAAAACAAACCGUUGACACUCAGACGACAGUGGCUGAAUCACGCUGGCUAGUCAGCUAUCAUGCACCUGGCUUAGUUGGCUUGUGUAUAGGUUUUGUAUUUAUUAAUUACCCGUAGAAUUCCCGUCUACUUAGUUUUAAACUAUUUACGUUGUGUCAUGGUAGUGUAGAUAUAAACCAAGCGCCGUCCGUCUGAGUAGCAACUUAGCAUGCUAGUGUUAGCUGCAGCUAACGUCACCCUCACUUAAAACCGCUUGAGCUGCUGUGUUAGCAGCUACAGCAUGUAUCUGAGGUUCAGAGGCUGCAUUUGUUUUAGGUGCAUCGUUUAAUUCAAGUAGCUCGUCAGCUGAUAGAGAGGGAAACUUCAAGAAUGUGAAGCACAAUGGCCAACUUUGAAGCUUACCGUGAGUACCAGAGGAUUGAGAGCGGUGAGGAUGACUCGCCACCUGGGGAGGAGGAUUUACUGCUGCAUGUGCCCGAAGGCCUGAAAGAUUCAUGGAGCCAUAUCAAGAACCUGGAUAAUUUCUUCACAAGGAUCUAUAAUUUUCAUCAGAAGAAUGGCUUUGCUUGUAUGAUGCUGUCCGAGUUCUUUGAACUUAUUCAGUUUCUGUUUGUCGUCAUAUUCACAACCUUCCUUGUCAACUGUGUGGAUUAUGAUGUCCUGUUUGCCAAUCGAGCUGUUAACCACACCGAGCCGGUUCACAAUCCAUUGGACAGGAACAAAGUCACUCUCCCAGAUGCCAUCCUACCUGGCCUGGAGUGCACUCAGAGGAUUCAAGGGAACAGCUGGAAUAUAUUUCUUCUCAUCAUGGCGGCCAUUUUCUGGAUCUAUCGUCUUGUUAAAGUCUUUCGCAAUUUUCUGAACUACUGGGAGAUCAGGCAGUUUUAUGUCCAAGCACUGAAGAUCAGGAUGGAUGAACUAUGCAACUUCACAUGGCAGGAAGUCCAGGACAGGCUCAUCAGCUUGCAACAAGAACAGCAAAUGUGCGUACACAAGAAAGAGCUGACGGAACUUGAUAUUUAUCACCGCAUCCUGCGUUUCAAAAACUACAUGGUGGCAAUGAUAAACAAAUCACUGCUGCCAGUGCAGCUGCAACCCCCCCUGCUGGGCAAUGUGGUGUUCUUCACACAGGGCCUCAAGUACAACUUUGAGCUCAUCCUCUUCUGGGGGCCCUGGUCUUUGUUUCAGAAUAAGUGGAGCCUGCACCCCAAGUACAAGCGGAACACAAACCGCUUAGAGCUCGCCCAGCAGCUCAGUAGAGUCAUCCUGCUGGUCGGUUUAGCCAAUCUGUUGCUAUGUCCCUUCAUCCUGGUGUGGCAGGUGCUGUAUGCUUUCUUCAGCUAUACAGAAGUGAUCCGCAGGGAACCUGGAAGCCUGGGUGCACGGCGCUGGUCGCUGUAUGGUCGCAUGUACCUGCGACACUUCAAUGAGUUGGAUCAUGAGCUGCAUGGGCGUUUAGGGCAUGGCUACAAACCCACCUCCAAAUACAUGAACUCCUUUACCUCUCCACUACUAGCUGUGUUUGCAAAGAACAUGGCAUUCUUUUCAGGCUCAGUGUUGGCUGUUCUCAUUGCUCUGACGGUCUAUGAUGAGGAUGUUCUGACAGUGCAGCACAUUCUUACUGCUAUCACUCUGCUGGGAGUGGUUAUAACCAUCACCAGGUCCUUCAUCCCAGAUGAGCAUGUGAUGUGGUGUCCAGAACAGCUGCUGCAGUGCAUGCUGGCACACAUUCACUACAUGCCAGACCACUGGAGGGGCAGUGCAAAUAAGAGCGAGACCCGUGAAGAGGUGGCACAGCUGUUCCAGUACAAAGCGGUGUUCAUCUUGGAGGAGUUGCUCAGUCCUAUCGUCACACCCUUCAUUCUCAUAUUUCUUCUGAGGAACAAGUCUUUAGAGAUCAUUGACUUCUUCAGGAACUUCACUGUGGAUGUGGUUGGAGUUGGUGACAUCUGUUCCUUUGCAGAGAUGGACAUCAGACGCCAUGGAAACCCAACAUGGAUGUCACAGGGCCAAACAGAAGCCUCUGUGUACCAACAGGCUGAGAAUGGCAAGACAGAAUUGUCCCUCAUGCAUUUCACCAUGAAAAACCCACACUGGCAGCCACCGCAGGAAAGCUCAGUUUUUAUUAGCCAACUAAAGGAGAAGGUGAAGCAUCAUGCGCACGUUGGUCCGUCUACCCACCUACUGCUCUCUCAAGCUCCCCUCUGCACCUCACUGCAAUCCAUUAAUCCUAUGACUAUGCCUGAUAAUCUCCUGGCCAGCGUCAUGGCCCACCCUAUUCUUACCGCAUCUGGAUUGCAAGCAGGAGAGCCACAUUUCAUCCAACCCAGCACCGCUGCUGCUGCCAGUGUCCUGGCCUCUUUGCCCCCCUCCCAGCUCGCACAUACCAGUCCUGUCCGCUCUCGUGGCCCCUUGAUGUCCUCCAUGUCCCCUUACAGCACCACGUACCACAGUGAUCGCUCCGUCAAUGACAGUAUGAUUCACAGUGAUUCACACAUGCAGAGAAAUUCACUUCCCCCUGAGUUGGUCUCUGCGGAGAUGAGCCUCCAUGCCAUCUACAUGCAUGAGCUCCACCAGCAGAGCUCUCACCCACAGAUGACUUCAGGACAGUGGCAGAAUGCAGUGCCAAUGAGAGAUAUGCAUACAAACACAGGCCUCCAGCAGAGCAGCCACGGUCCCAGCAUGUCCAUGCCCACCCCUGUCUCCCUUGGUGGCUGGCAAGAGGAGGAGGAGGAGGAGGAGAAUGAAGAUGAUCAGGAGAGUAAAAGUGGAUCUACUUCAAAGCACGGCACUGGAAGAAGUCAAUGAAGUGCCUUAUCUCAUAAGUGUUUACAUUUUGCUUUCUUUGAACAUUGUGGCCUUAGAUGAUCUUCACGGAGAAUUUAGCAUGGACCUUUAAAACGUCAUCUGUUUAUUUGUGGAAGAGGGUCAUUGAAUAACCACUGUCUCUGCACCCCCACGACAUCCUGUCUCAUCAGGCGGACUAUGGCAUCAGGGAAACCAUACGUCUUCCGUCCAUUAUAUUGUGAGCUUAUCAUUAACUUGUACAGACAACUGCAGUUAGUGACCGUUGGCAAUUCUGCUCAGCCUAUGUGUGCUCAAUUCAAGUAUUUGUGGAUCAAAAUGUUUCAGAGUUCGAGUUUAACAGAAUGUUUCACAAAAGUCCUGGUAUGUGCUAUAACGACUGCAAAACCAUAUCUUAGCUGCCUGAACAAUUUUAACCAUCCAAAAGAAAACUUAAUUCAGUGUUUUAAGUUGUGCUGAUUUGUAAAUACACUUUUCUGUGUAACUUAUCCUUUAAAAGUCCACUUUUUUUUCUACUAGAUUUAAUCCUUUAAGAAAAUUUACCAAGCAUUGAUAUGACAAAACUGACUGUAGAGUAGCCGUACUACUAAAACACCAUGUGUACCUGGCAAUAAAACAUUUUGUAACCUAGGCAUACACUUGUUUUUGAUGCUGCUGUAGAUGCUGCUGUAGAUUUUAUUCAGUAUUAACAUUUUUACAGCUGAGUUUUCAAGAUCAGCAUUUCCUCCAAAAAAAGCACUGAAAUUUGUGGACCAGGUACUUUUGGCAUCAAAAUCUUAAUUAUUUUUAGAAUGGAUACACAUCAGCUUUAUGCCUUAACAGCCACAUAAAUGUGUACCUAAAUCCGAGUUUUACAGCAGUGAUGAAGAACAUCAAAUCCUCAAAUCGAUACCUCGGCAGUAUAUUAAUUCCUAUCUGAAUAAACAAUAUAUACUUGUCUUUUGCAAUUUACAGAUGCCUCCUCCUGUUUCUUGUCCAGCAGUUAGUUUUUGAGUCAGAUCUCCCAGAAAUUAUUGUAUCUUAUGAAGAACAAAACAGAACAGAGUGGCAUUGCUUUUACUAAACAACAACAACAUAUUAACAUAAAAUAAAAAUGUAACAUCACCAUAAUGGCUAAGACAAAAUCGGAAUAUGUUUUGUUGCUUUUGUAGCUUUAGGAUUAAAUAUUUUAAACCUAACCUUAAGAACUUUAACCCUAAAGCACAAUUUCCACUGUAGAAUUCAUUUGUUAGUUUUAAGAGUAUUUAUUACCUGUUUUUCCUCCAGAUAUUUAAUUGAUAUACCAUAUAUUUUAUAUGUAUUAUUUAUUUUGAUUGUUUUAAUUGUAAAAUAGCUUACUUUCACAAAGGUGUAUUAUCUAACGAAUGACAUAAAAGGCAUGUACUCCCCUCACUAAAAGUAGUUAAGGUUGUUUUAGAUUUUUUUAAGCCCUGAUAUAAUGAUUUAUUGAUGCUGAGAAAACAUGCCCAGCCGCAUGAUGUUGAAUGUGAUUAAAACUAAAAACAAACUGGGACUAAAUUAGCAAAAUCACAGGUCACAGUAGUAGUAUAGAUCUCAUCUUCCUUUAGAGGAUACAGAUGUCAGCUUUUCCACUUUGUUUUUGUAUGGAAUGAAUGUGUUUGGACACUUGCAUAAUUAUGCUUAUACAAACUCAGAAUUUUGCACUGGAAAAAACAAAAAAAAAACAUCCACUUGCAUCAGUUACAACUCAAAAAAGACAUGGGACACCAAGUCAAUCUCCACCCAAAAGGAGCUUGCCUCAUUGUUUGUAUAUAGCAUCAGCACAUAUUGCAGUGUCACUGCAGAUCAUGUGGAAAACACUGUGGCAAAUCAUUAAAGGUCAUUUUUACCUCUGGUCAAUUCAAGUUUGUCCUGUAGGGGAUGAUGUGCGUUUCUGUCACACUUCCAUUUGCUUACACCGUAAAUCACCAGUGUGUUAUUUUCUUCUGUCAGUUUUCCCAUUUGCAGCUCACCGUUGUUAUGUUAUUUUCUGCAGUGCCUUAGUAUUAAGGAUUAGCCUUUUUAUUCAAAGUUCAUGUAAACCACCAGAUUUGCUUUCACAGACUCAGCAGCACAUACUAUGUACAGUAUUUUUGUUUGACAAGUCAUUGUGUAUAGCAUCAAGUUUGUUGUGAAACUGUGGAUGUGGCUUGUAACAUGAGCUACGACCUGAUCGUGAGACUUUGUGUCAAACUGUUGCAUCUAAGUUCUUCUUGUCAUUGUGUCUAAACUUGCACUCUAGAAAAUGUUGAAGAAGCAGGGUUAUGCCAUGUGUCAUCAUGGCCAAGCCUUUCAUCAUACUAUGGUUUCAUAUCCACUCUAUACCAGUCUAGCAGAGACUGGGACAAGGUGCUAAGUUUUCAUCCUGAACUGUUGAAUAUGUUUUAAGACAUGUUUUUGUUUGGUUUGUUUGUUUUGUUGUGUAACUUAAAGAGACACUAUUAAACAUGCCAAAGGAACUUGUUUCCGGCACAGCUUUGACACAGAGAUGUGUUUCUUUUUUUUUCCUUUGAGUGAUAAGAGAGGCAAAUAAAUAUUUUAGUGUAUUUAAUUAUUUCACCUGUGGUUGAUGAUGUGAUGUUUAUUUAAAAUAAAAAUGCUUUUUAAUUUACUUUCAGUUGCCAUGGCUACCUUACAAUAUCAACCUCAUAUUUUCUUUGAACUGUUUGUUGUAUUGAAAAUGAUGUUGACCUUUCUUGAAUUAAGAGGUAGACUUUUAUACUGCUUAUACAAUGUUUCUUAGCGUGAUCUCAUCUCAAGACUCAGUGCCACUUCACUUUAUUUCUGCCCAGUAACUAUUGGAUUCAUUGUCCCAAGGUUCUUCAGUUGUUUGCGGACCAGUCGGACAUGGAUGUUUUUACAGUUUUUGACUCAAUGUGGGAGGAAAUGUAUUAUUAGCACAUUAAGGACAUUAAUAGCACAGGGCAAGUUUAAUCCUCAGUGUGAUAGCCAUUCUUAACCUGAAUUUUUUUUUUUUCUGGCAAUCAACGUCAGACAAAAACGCAAUAUGCCUCAAUUUAUGUCUGCAUAAUAAUCUUCACUGUAGAAAGUAUUUUCAAACAUUUAGCACUAAAAAGCAUGUACUACAACUUCGAGUGUGUGUGUGUGUGUUUGUACUUUACUUUAUUACCUAUUUAGAAACUCUUGUGGCAUAAACACUAACCAUGGUAGGACCUGUAGUUUUAAGGAGUCCUAAGGAGCCCGAACAUUUCUGAGGAACUGGGUAAGUUUUGGGCUAAGAUGUGAAGGCUUAGGCAUUAAAUGGUUAAGCUUAGCAGUGCCUCUGCCUUUACCGUGGUCUAGUAGAUAAACUGAGCUCCAAGUUGAAAGCGUUUCAUUCUCAUUUACAAAACAUUACCAUGCUAUAAAGAAGAAUCCCAUUUCUGCUCCUUGCAGAACCCUAACAUCAUAAAAUGAUCUGAGUUGUAUCGCUCUGACACAAAGAUGUGGAGUGAGUUUAUUUGUUUCAGUUUGUAACCCUGGUGAUCUGGUAACACAUUUUUUGUGUGUGUACAUUUUAAAUAAACGUCACAUGCUUCUA